CGACUGAUGGCCACAAUGAAUUGGAUUUUAAAUGUUUAUUAUUGAGAAUAUAUUUAUAGAAAAUAGGCCAGCCGUUGACGCUGGUCAUAAACGGAGACUAUAACUCCAAGAGGGGGGGUGAAUCGUAUUAGCUUGUUUGUAUGUGGCAAUAACCGGGUAAAUAAGCUAGCUAACGUUAGCAAUGGUUCUAAUGAUGGAAUCGCAAUGCGAGUAUUUUAUGUAUUUCCCUGCUGUUCCCAUCACGGACCUUUCCGACCCGUCAAAAUACCGAACUCUCCCCCGUCGCAGUCACCUCUAUCUCGGCGAGACCGUGCAGUUCUUGUUGGUCCUGCGGUCCAGAGAUGAAAGGUCAGGUUCGGGCGGGACAAAGGGAAACGGGGAUAGUGACAGCGGUACCCAGGCUUGGAAGGAGCUGGUCGGGUCCCUCUCCGCUGUAGCAAGUGUCUGCCCCGGAGAGAGCCGACAUCGCUCCCAACUUCACCCCCACGAGUUCCAGAGAAGCUACAGCGACGACGGUGCAGACGAGGACCCCGACGAGGUUGACUUUGCUGCGGGUACAGCCCAUAUAGGCAGAAGGGAGACCAGGAACCGAGGCUUCAGAGAAUGCAAGCCGCUUCUCAUUCACAAUAACACGGGGAGUGAUGGGCGGCAGUAUCGGCGGGCACCGAUGCAGUCACCCAUGGACAAGCCAGUGGUACUGAACGAUGAGGUCAUCUUCCCUCUGACCGUCUCAUUGGACAAACUCCACGUCAACACGCUCAAGGUCAAGAUCGUAGUGACAGUGUGGAAGCAGGAGAAGGAGAAGGCAGAGAUCAGGGAACAUGGUUACCUCACCAUCCUACAGCUGAGGAGUCCCACACACACCUUCAGACAGGACCUCAACACCUUCAAGGCCCAGGUCAGCACCACCCUGAGUGUUCUUCCUCCUCCGACUGUGAAAUGUCAACAGAUUACCGUCUCCGGGAAGCACCUGACCGUACUCAAAGUAUUAAACUCCAGUUCCCAGGAGGAGGUGUGUGUUAGGAACGUGAGGGUUCUUCCUAACUUCAACGCGUCCUACCUCCCCAUGAUGCCUGAUGGCUCUGUACUCCUAGUGGACAAUGUCUGCCACCAAUCAGCGGAGGUUACCAUGGCAUCAUUCCACAGAAUGAACAGUAGCUCCUCCCACCUUCCCAGCAUGCUCUCUGCCCUGGAGGAGCAGAACUUCCUGUUUCAGCUGCAGCUCAGAGACCAGCCAGAGGAAGAGUCCAGCGAGGGUCUGGAGGUUCCAUUGGUGGCUGUGCUGCAAUGGUCUACCUCUAAGCUUCCAUUUACCAGGUACAUUUCGACCCACUACCAGCUACCCAGCGUGAGACUGGACUGCCCCCGUUUGGUGAUGACAGCUUCCUGUCAGAGUGCCGUGAGGCCGCAGGAGCACUUCCGGGUCAAAUACACCCUCCUCAACAACCUGCAGGACUUCCUGGCUGUACGCCUGGUCUGGACACCCGAAGGUCGUGGUCGGCAGGAGGACCCGUCAGCGAGUUCUGUGGUGUGUCACUCCCCCCUCAACAACUUGGGACAGUGUCGGAAAGGAUCCACCCUCUCCUUCACAGUUGCCUUCCAGAUUCUCAAGGCAGGACUGUUUGAGUUAAGCCAGCACAUGAAGCUGAAGCUCCAGUUCACAGCGUCCUGUUCUAACCCCCCUGCUGAGGCCAGAGCCAUGUCUCUGUCUCUGUCCCGUAACAACUCUCCCUCCAGCCCUGCAGUUAGAGACCUGCUGGACAGACAGAGUCUGGGACGGUCACAGAGCUUCUCUCACCAACAACCCUCGCGGUCACAUCUUAUGAGGACGGGCAGUGUUAUGGAGCGGCGGGCCAUCACUCCUCCAGUGGGAUCUCCAGUGGGUCGACCCCUCUACCUUCCCCCCGAACGCCCCGUCCUCUCACUGGAUAAGAUCGCCAAGAGAGAGUGUAAGGUAUUGGUACUGGAACUUGGAAGAGACUGGGAGAGCGAGGGAGGGAGGGUUGGAGGAAUGAGGUAG